AUGGCCGCAAGAUUUGGGGUACGUGGUCCGCACGCGACCGCACAGCUGCGUUCUCCGCAUGUCUUCAUCUCAACUCGAUCCAUCCCGUUCUAUGCCUUCGAUCCUUCCAUUGAUCAGCUCUGUCAGAUCUGCGGUGCACGUCGCCUUUACAGUCAACUGCUCUGGCGGGACACAGAGAGCUACCUCUGCCGUGCAAGAACCGCGACUCUCGAGUCACUGCUAUCAAUUGCCCGCGGCCAUCCCCUUGCCCUCGUGCGACGACAGGCCUUCGUAGGAUUGGCCGGAGCCCUUCUGGUUGACCCCUCGCUGAUUGCCUCACGCUGCAUCGCGGAGGCUGUUGCCAGCGGUCUGCAGGAUGAAGCGGCCUUGUCCCGGCUCGCCAGCGUGGACCUGGUUUUGCGGCUCAGCGCGGGCCACGGCAACAAGGACCAUGGCGAGGUGGUUUCGCAACGGCUGGCGGAGCUGCGGGGCGCUGUGGCCGGGCGCCUGUCCGACCCCUCACCCCUCGUGCGCCGCGCAGCCUACCGUGCAGCGUGCCAGUGGCUUGAGGAGGGCGUCGGGAACCGGAGCCACUGCCUCCAGGAGGCUGGAAACCUGCUGCAGCGGCUCCGAUCCGAAUCGCCACCCAUCCGAGCGCACGCCCUGGGCGUGAUAGCGCGGGUAAUCUUCGAUGGGCUGAGUCAAACCGGCAAGGGCCGGCUGGAGAAUCUCCAGGCUCUGCUCGAAGGUGGAGCUGCUGGAAGCAGCGUGCGCGAUGUCAUCGCUGCGCAGUGCAGGGCCAUGGACAUGCAAAAGGAUGUCGAGGAUGCCACGGCGGCAGCGACCUCCGCGAUGGCCGAGAUAGUCAGAUGCACCGUGGCGGCGCUACCCGAGAGGGCCGAGCAGAUUGAGACGCAUCACUUGCACCGUUUGACUCUCUUGGAGCAGAUUGGGCUGGAACGUCCGGCUGCGUUCCAGUCCAGCUUGGGGCAUUUGCAGAAAUGGCUUGAUGUGGGCCACAAUCAGAACCAGGAACCACUCACAGAACGUUCCAAGCCUUUGCUGGAGCUUCCAAUCUCUGCCUGUAACAUACUCGCGCAAGUCCUGCCUCAUUGGGCCGAGCACGCCUCCAGCAUCUCCAAGCAGAGUCAGGUGCGCAAGCUGACGUCUCAAUUGGCAGCCUUGAUGGAUGACACCACGGUGCCGUCGGGCGACUUAGGCCUCCUGGCUCGGGCAGUGGUGCGAUGCCUCGCGGUGCUGGUUCCCUUAUGGCCCUCGGCGGGGCAGCUGCUGGUAGGCCACUUUGGUCGCAGCAUCCGUAUCCUAGCAGAGGUGGUGCAGCAAUGCAGGCCGGUUCAGCAUGGAAGGUUCUGCCGGCACGCGUGGAUUGUGGGGUCCAUUGUGGAGUUUUUGGACCACGGCGAGCUCUCCAAGGAAGCUGGCGGCCAUGUGUUGGAGAGCGCGGUGCUGCUCCUUAGUGACUGCUGUCUGCGUGGACCUUUGGCAGCACAACCUGCCAUCGUGCCAGCGCUGGGCUUCGCACUCCGUGGUUGUCCAUCCCUCCUCCGCGACCGGAAGGCUGGGAGUGAGGAGAGCCCGGGGCCUCUGGACGUACUCCGACAGGGCUUGCAGGCCUCCGAGACCCACUUUGCCACAAGCCUCCGGGCCAGAACCGUUGAAACCUUUGCAGGACUGGCAGCUUUCUUCCAGGAGGUGGCACAGGUGAACAGUCCCAGCCGACAUGACGUGGACAAUGGCUCUGAGGCCAGCAUGGCGGCACAAAGCCUCGCAGCUUUACAGUGGGAGGUGAUGCUUCUUCACUCCGCGCCUGAGAGCCUCGCCACUCUCCAGCAAGCCCUGCGCGGCCUCCACUCGCUGUGCGACUUGGGGGUUCUUCACCCCGCUUCAUUGCCGUGCCUCAUCGCAGCUAGCCUGGCUGGCAAUCCCUUGGCUGCGCCGCACACACGUAGCUUGCUGCUGCGUGUGGUGGAGGCUGCACCUCCACUGCUGGUGCAUAAGUGCAGCGCAGGCAUGAAGAUGGCCGCAGAACACCUCGCCAUGCAGCUUGGCACCGAGGCAAGCGUGCAGGGCGACUCGUGGCGAUUUGCACCACUUUGUGAAGCUUACUCUGAGUUCUUGUCAGAUAGUAAGCAGAUGCGAGAUCAAUUUAUCACCUCCUUCAUGAACGAAACCAUCAGCAUCGGCAACGAUGAUGCAAGCGAUGCAUCGCAGGUGUUGCUACGAAUUCAACUAGCUACCGGUUUGCUCAUGCGCUUGCCGCUCUCUCGCGAAGCAGAACUGGCCCAGAUCUUCGAGUGCACGAUCCAGUUUUUGAUGUUGAAGGUCAUGCCCUUUCUUGCGGAAGCAGCAGAUGCGGCGGAUGCGACGGAUGCGGGCGAACCCGGAGAAGGUCUCAAGAGCCCAAGGCCCUCAUCGCCCUCGUUUGCUUUGGUGGCCGUGGCCACAGUUUUGCACAAGCUGUCCAUACAUUGGCUCGGCCUGGUGGGCUCCGAGUUUGCCAGGCACAUGCAGGCCUUUGCCGCUUCUCCGAACGCUGGUCGUCCCAGUGCCACGCUGGACCUUCCGCUUCCUCGCGGUUUCGCUCGCAACGAGCUGCCGGACUUCUCCACGACCUUCCAGCACCUCAGGAGCGGGGACAACCCUGCAAAGUUGCUGUUGCAGAUCCCGGCCGACUCGCCGUUGCUUGCCGGGCAGGCUGUGGCACAGACGGCGCGCCGCUCUCAGAAGGUGUAG